UAUCGUGUUUCAGAGCGCUGGUUUAACGAAAGAAAACAGUGAAAUAUGAGUCUAGCGGAUGAACUUUUGGCCGAUCUCGAGGAACUUGGUGAUGGGGUUGUGAAGACUGAACCCGAUGAUGUCAAAAUCAAAACCGAACCGGGUACCGAAGAUGUCCAAAUGUCCGAAGUCGGUCCUUUGGACGAUGCAGCGAAGUUGUACGGCUCAGAGAAGCUGGAAACGAUCAUGGCUGCAAUCGAUGAAUGUCUAGAAAAUCCUCGUGCACCCGGUUCCAUUCUCGGCGCAGUGGAAGCCGAUCCCGAGUACCAACUCAUAGUUGAAGCCAACAGCCUCACAGUCGAAGUUGAUACUGAUAUAAGCAGUCUCCACAAGUUUGUUCGCGAUCGCUACAGUAAACGUUUUCCUGAACUCGAGUCGCUCGUCCCGACGCCGCUCGAAUAUCUAAUGACAGCCAAAGAACUUGGAAAUGAUCUCGACUCCGCCAAAAAUAAUCCAGUUUUGGCGCAGUACAUAACCCAGGCCACUAUCAUGGUCCUGUCGGUUACUGCGUCAACUACCCAGGGAGUCAAGUUGGAGGAAGAUGAAUUGGAGAUUAUUAGACAAGCGUGUCUUCAUUCCCUGAUUUCAAGAAUUUGCUCAGAAGCGUAUCGUUUUCAUUAUCUGUCCAAUGGCGUAACUCCUCCUGGAAACUUCUGUGGUGUCAUCGCGUCGUUGAAUAAUUCAAGCAUUUUCUUUUCCUUUAUUCCAGGCGUCGCGGGUGGGUUGACGAACCUGUCGAAGAUGCCCGCGUGUAACGUUCAGUUGCUGGGACAACAGAAGAAAAUCCUCUCGGGCUUUUCGCAAGUGGCAACAUUGCCCAACACGGGAUACAUUUAUUACGCGCCUACAGUUCAAAACUUGCCGCCUGAUUUGCGAAGGAAAGCUGCGCGAGUCUUGGCAGCCAAAUGUACCUUGGCUGCUAGGGUUGAUGCUUGUCACGAAAGUCCGGAUGGGAGUCAGGGGAGAACCUUUAGGGAAAUGAUUGAAAAGAAGUAUGAUAAAUGGCAGGAACCACCGCCUGUGAAAGCUGUCAAGCCGUUACCAGCGCCUAUCGAACAACCAAGGAAGAAACGCGGUGGGAAGCGUGUUCGUCGAAUGAAGGAAAAAUACGCGCAAACGGAGCUAAGGAAACAAGCUAAUCGAAUGAACUUCGGCGAGAUCGAAGACGACGCCUAUCAAGAUGACCUGGGCCUAAGUCUGGGUCAGAUCAAGAAGUCAAGAGGAUCACUGCGAGGCCCUGUGGUAGACGAUAGGUCAAAGGUAAAGAUCUCCAAGUCGCUUCAGCGAUCGUUGCAGAAGGCGAACGCAUUUGCGAGUGCGACGCCCGCGGGCGCCGCGACUGCUGUGAUCAGAACGGGGUCGACCCUAAUCGGGAACUCGUUCAAGCCCAGCCAUCACGGGAAAUCAUCCGUGGCUGGGACUGCUUCUUCAGUUGCUUUCACACCUUUACAGGGCUUGGAGAUCGUGAAUCCUCACGCAGCUGAAAAGCGUGGCGACGACAGCUCGGCCAAAUAUUUCUCGAGCACUGCAGGUUUUGUGAACGUGCGAAAGAACUGGUGGUGCCUCGUAGCGAGCGAAUCCGUGUUAGCUUUUGGAAUUUUUUUCGUCGGUGUUAACGAGGUGAUCGAACGCACAAUGUCUUCAAAGCCGAGGGUGUAUGUCGGCCGGCUGCACGCAAAAACCCGCGAGAGGGAUUUGGAAAAGUUUUUCCGUGGCUAUGGGAAAAUCCGCGAAAUUAUGAUGAAACGAGGAUUCGCUUUCAUUGAAUUCGACGAUCAGAGGGAUGCUGAGGACUCGGUUCGUGACUUGGAUGGGAAAGAUUUAUUGGGCGAAAGGCUGAUAAUUGAAAUAGCUCACGGACAGCCGCGAGGCCCAGGAGGCCACGUCAUCGGGGAGGAUCGGGACAGGGGCUACAGGAACCGGGACAACCGCGGCGGCGGUGGUGGUGGCGGCGGCGGCGACUUCCGCUCGUCCCGCUAUGGCAGUUCGCGCGACAGGGAUUCGGGGAGAAAUAGACAUGGGCCGCCGACGAGGACUGAUCAUCGGAUCUACGUGGACAAUUUGUCGAGCAGGACUAGUUGGCAGGACCUGAAGGAUUUUAUGCGUCAAGCUGGAGAAGUCAGUUACGCUGAAAAAACCAGUUCUAGUUCGGGGGUCGUCGAGUUUGCGAGCUCGUCUCACAAGCGAGCAGCUGUGAAGAAAUUGGACGGCCUGGACUUGAAGGGACGCCGGGUGCAUUUACGCGAGACGUCUCGAUCGCGCUCUCGGUCCAGGUCCCGCUCUCGAUCCGCGGUCAGGUCGCGCAGUCGAUCCAGGUCACGUUCCCGCGGUGCGGAUUCUGCGGCUAAGAAGCGAAACGACAGUGGACGAGACGAUGAUGCAUAUGUAAAGAAUAACGGAGAGGCCGGAGGAGGAGGAAGCGCCAAAGAAGAUGACGAUGAAGACCGAAACGAGAAGAAACCGGUUUCGAGGAGCCCGUCCCCGGAAAAUCGCCGUCGAGACAAGGACGGAAAUUGGGAAGAACGGGAUGACUAAGAAUAAAUACUGCAUUCAUUGAUAACAGCGAUUAUAUGUAAAUUUCUGCCCGCGCUUCGUUGUUUUUGUUUUUCCACAAAAAGAGAGAGGUGUCCCGAUUUUAUCCCAAACUUUUCGUCGGAACCUCGGAUCUUUUAUUGUCGUCGCGGUGAUGCGCUUUCUUUAUCCGCGAAUGACCUGACACAUUUUAUCCCACUUCUCUUUUUCUGAAACUUUUUUUAUUUUAUUUUUUGGGUUCAUUUUAGUCGAGGGGAAAAGUUAUUCAUUUGCAGUUUUCUCCCCUUUUUUCUGGAUUCUUUCUGAAAAUUGUCAUGUCUUUACAAACUCGUUCCCUUGUUAUUUCUUUCAUGUUGAGAAAUCAUGUGCUGUAUUGUGAACCUUCAUCAAAUGCUGGACAGUUUUCGUUUGUUUUUUUUUUUUUGGACGUUCUUUUGUUUUUGUCCUGUUCCAUGUUCUCAGAAGAAUUUCUUCGGAAAUUUUUUUGGAUAGAUUUUUCUUUCUUCAGAUGCUGUGAAGUUUUCGCUCAUUGUUUUUGGACGGUUUUUGUUUAGUUUUAAUUUCUUCGGAAAAAAUGUGUUGGAUCGCUUUUUCUUUCUUUUUUCAUUCAU